AUGCUUCCAAUGACUGGCUGUGCAUUGCCCGAGCCCAGCGUGGUGCGCCCGCGCUCGUUGGGAGAGCCAAGUCGUCCGCAUGUGCCCAGCGUCUUUGGCUACCGCUCGCUUGGACGCCGCCACUUGGACAGCGCCAGCUCCAUUUGCUCCUCGACUUCCUCCCUCAACUCCUCCGGCAGCGAAGAUGAUCUCACUUUUGCGGCCUGGGACACCUCCCUUCGUGAGAAAGACGAUGUCUUCCAGCUCCCCAACCUGCGCCUCAACACCAUGGCCCCCGACUUUCACCCUACUGCUGUGGCCCAAGGCUCAACCACCCUGAUCCGUCCCAACCCGGUCGUCGCCUCGGCACCGAUCGCGGUUGGCCUUUUGGAACACUUGCCUGCCGAUGCCGAGCUCACCUCGAGCGAGAUCAAGCAUGCGCUUCCAUCCUGGAUGUGCGUCGAGGUCUGCGACAUCAAGUUUAAGAAGACCCGACGCGGCUGCCGCGGCCACCGCAAGAACCGCCGCCGCCACCAGCCGGGCGAGGACAAUGACGAGACCCUUGACCUCUAA